AUGGACGCUGGAGACGGUCCAUCAAAACAAUCAGAGAAUCUUUCCGAUUACCAGCGCAAUCGAAUCGAAGAAAAUCGCCAGAAAGCUUUCUCACUACGGCAGGCACGGUUGCAGGCUCAUCCGUACAAUGCCGAUCUGAAGAAGCAGGAAACGGCUGUUUCAGUGAACAAUGUUAUCAAAGUAUCCGGCACAAAGUACAUCGAUAGCGGUGGUGGUUUCCUUAUCGAGCAACGCAUCAAUCCUACUGAGGAGGAAGAAGCGGCAAAGAGUGAGCCCGUCCCGGAAAAGGACGCCGUUUCCGUACCAGUCGAAUACGACGAGUGCAUCGAGUGUGGUGACCGGUUCGCGGACUCGUACCUUCUCAACACCUUCGCAUAUGCGGUGUGCGACGCCUGCCGUGAUCCGGAUGGCCAGCAUUCACUCAUCACACGCACCGAGGCCAAGCAGGAAUAUCUACUGAAGGAUUGCGAUCUGGACCGGCGCGAACCGCCGCUUAAGUAUAUUAGCCGUAAGAACCCGCACAACGUGCGAUGGGGCGAGAUGAAGCUCUAUCUACACCUGCAGAUUGAAAAGCGCGCCCUCGAGGUAUGGGGCUCAGAGGAGAACCUGAUGCGCCAAAAAGAGGAACGCGAGGAAAAGCGCGAAGUGGCCAAGGUGAAGAAAUACAACAAACGGUUGAAAGAGCUGCGAAUGGACGUGCGAAGCAGUCUGUACGACAAGACGGUGCAGGCGCACGUGCACUCUUACGGAGAUUCUGAGCAGUACAACGAAGCGGACGACACCUACACCAGGACCUGUGAGUCUUGUGGACAUUCGGAAACCUACGAGAAGAUGUAAAGCUUUCUCCGUAUCCGCUCAAUCAACAACACGUUCCAAAAUUGUAUAUGCGUUCUAUUAGUGUAUUAUGUUUCCCUUGCAAUUAUCAUUAAAACAGAUAAUUUUAGCUCCAUUCCA